AUGGUUCAAGCAGUAGCAUUGUGGGGCUGUAAAGUGAAUCCAGGAAAACGUGUCCCUGCUUAUGAUGAUGAUGAUGCUUCUGGGGCGUUUCAUUUAACUAUGGCAGCUAUUGAUUCAUCUGAUAAAUCUUCUAAACUAUCUACUAUAAAAGUUAUUCGUAGACCGAAAAUAUGUGACGAUGAUGAUGAAAAUAAUCAUAGUGGUGAUGUUUCUGAAUCUGAUCUUAAAGAGCUUGAGGUUGAAUUUGUACUUUGCACUUUGAAACAUGGUGAUCAAUAUCAACAAAGUUUAAACUUGACUUUUAGUGAAGAUGAAGAAGUGUUUUUUACUACAAGUGGUGAUUGUCCUGUAUAUCUCACUGGGAAUUAUGUUGUUCCUUCGGAUAUUGAUGAUGAUUAUGAUAUUUCUUCAGAUGAACUUUUUGAUAAAUAUUCUGAGGCUUCUGAUGUUAAUGGUUCAGAGUCUGAUGAGUUAGAUGGGGAUAGUCCUAAGAUUGAAGAACUUUCGUCAUCUGAAAGUAAGAUUUCUGAUUCAGAAAAAAAAAUAAGUUUAUCUGAUGAUGGUUCUGAUCUGGAUAAUAUAAUAUCAAAUGAUUCUGCUAAAAAAAACAUUAAGAAAAGACCCCAGGACAAUAGUGAUUUAGAUAUGCAGAAACUUAGUAAAAAGCAAUUAAAAAAACUCAAAUCUACCUCUGCUAAGUUUUCUCAAAUACAGGAAAAAAAUAAAUCAAAUACUUCAAUGAAACAAGAUAGUUUAGUAUCUUCUGAUCUUCAUUGUCCAAAGCCUAGUGUUAGUUUUGCUAAAGAUAUUGAUCAAGAUUCUAAUAAAGCUUCUAAAUCUAGAACGUUAGAAGGCGGUGUAACUGUGGAGGAUAAAGUAAUAGGUAAAGGUCCUCAAGUAAAGAAUGGUUCCAAGAUUGGUGUGCGUUAUAUUGGAAAGCUUCUAACUGGAGAGCAAUUUGAUUCUAAUACUAAAGGACAGCCUUUCGUUUUUACUUUAGGUAAAGGUUGGGAUAUUGGUAUAAAAGGAAUGGCAUUAGGUGGUCAAAGGCGUAUUGUUGUUCCUUCUUCUAUGGCUUAUGGCAAAAAAAGUGUUUCUGGUAUUCCAGCCAACUCUGACCUUGUUUUUGAUAUUAAACUUGUAAAAAUGAAUUAA